AUGUCGGAUGAGGUGUUACACCUCACUCUCGGACGGGAUACCUCCGCUGACAUCUGGGCUGCCAUCUCGUCUGCGCUCGGUUCCACCAGCGAGGCGCGCUGCAUCAAUCUCCUUGGGCAGUUCCAACAGCUUCGACAGGGCAACGCCACCAUCGCCGACUACAUUGCGCGUGCCGGAGUCCUUGUCGAGUCGCUCAUCCAGGCCGGGCGUCCUCUGUCACAGAUGGAGCAGACCCUGUAUAUAAUCAGGGGUCUCCGACCAGAAUUGAAGGCGCUGGCCACCAGCCUCACGGCGUCCGGAGCAUCGGUGACGUUAUCCAGCCUGUCGGACUUCCUGCAGGCUCACGAAUUCAUCCUGGUGGAUGAUUUUCCUAGUGCUGAUGCUACGGCUUCCCACACGGCGCUGUACGUCGGAACCAACCGAGGCGGAGGUUCGCAUGGCAGUGAUGGUCGCCAUUCGUCGAACCAGCAGCGUGGUGGUGGCGGACGCGGAAACCGCGGAGGACAGCGCGGUGGUCGUGGUGGCCAGGGCGGACCUCGUUGCCAGAUCUCCCACGCUACCCCUGAUGCGGCGAUGAUGGGGCAGUCCGAUGAGUACGGUGGUUCGGACGUGUUACGGGUGGGCAAUGGCGCAGGAUUCCACAACUCGGGCGGUUCUGCUUAG